GGCAGAACUUCCACAGCGCCCAUAUCUGCGAAGCCACAGUCUGCCCAUUUGUGGAUGCUUUACUUGAUACAAGGAGGAAUACAACAGCAUUUACAUCAGUUAGGCAUGCGUAUUAGUGCAGAUCAUUUUAUGGACAAACUGACAGCGGUUUAUAUUUUGGAGUGGGCCGAAAAGUUUUCUUCUGUCUAUUUCUUCUGUCUAAUUAAGGGAGUUUUUGAUCUAAAGCAAAAUCAUGUUCACAACCUACAUAAAGAAUCUGAAUGAUAUGGUAUUUUCUACGUCUGAGAGCCCUGAGGAGCAGCAGAGCACUGGGGUCUUGGGUCGUAUCGGGAGCUGGCUUUCUCCAUGGAGGGUAAAAGGUCCGAAAAGUCCCACUGAAAAUGCCCCCCCAACCAGCGAUCAAGCUUUUGAGUCAGAAGGAGAGGAGGGGAGUGAGGAGUCUGUGAGACUCCAAGCAGGGGAACAGCAGUGGGAGGAGGAGAAGGAACAGAGCUCCAAUCCCAACCCAUUCUGUCUCUCCAGAGACAUUUUCCCCUGUGAAGAGGAGGACGCCACGCAGUCUGCCCACAGAGACAGCGCUUUUGUGUGCAGAACUGAAACAGCAGAAGGAGGUCCAAAAAAGGAGGAGUUUGUGGAGUGCAGGGAGAAGAGAGUUGGGCAGGACAAGGAGAGGGAGGAGAGCAGUGACAGUACUUCAGUGAGCGGGAAUCUUGAGAAGAAUGCCAGUCAUCUGACACAUUACUCUUCCUCUUUUGAGCAGGGAGUGGUAUGUGACUCUGAGGGGGCCCACGCCAAACCUCAGGCCCAGAGACAAGCACAGGCCCAGACAGGCAGGAGGCUCCAUGUGUACCUGGAGGAGACCAGCGUGAUUCACUGCGGCCAAAAAAGCUGUUCUGGACAGGAAGUUGUCCAAACCAAAGUCACAAAAAAGAACCUAAAGGUCCUCGGCAAAGCUAAGUCAUCACCUGGUUUGGAUUUGAAGUUAAGUUCAACAAGUGCAGAGAACAAAAGGACAGAUGUCAACAGGACGGAUGUGAGGCCUGCUGUUGAGGCACCAAGUUAUUACAGUGCCGUAGUAGGAGUGUCACUGCAAUCACACAAGGACUCGCAGUCAGAGCCUGAACCUGAAGAACAAACAGAGGCUGACAGCAUGGGGCGUAAAAACACAGCCAGGAGGAAAUACAGGAAGAACUCGCAGGGAGAUGGAGCAGACAACUCCCAGGAGAAAGUGCCUCCCAGUGCCCAAACUGUCCCAGAGGGAAUCCCAACAUCGGAUAACUCAGUGACAAGUCCUCAGGGCCAAAGUCUAAAGACUGACAUGGGAGAGUCAUCUGUAGACUCCUCCUCCAGGCACAGCCCCACCCCUCAGGCUUCACCUGAAGGAGCAGAGAGUAAGGCUUCCUCUUCCGAUACAGUCAAGCAGUUGGACAACUUCCAGGAAUCAAACUCAGUCAUUGCAGCCACUCUGGCAUGUGUUGAUGUGUGUGCAGACAUGGAGGACGACGAAAGUCUAUACAAAGUAGAAAGGAGGACAGAGACACCAGAGUCCAAACGCAGGAGUAUGAAGGUUUCUCGAAGUGAGCUAAAGUUUUUUCCAAAAUGUGUGCCUUUGAAUCCGAAGCAAAAUCCAACAGAAGACCCACAGGAACUUAAGGCAGCGUUUGAGAACAACAAAGGUGAAGCAAAGGAUAAGCCCAAGACAGAGAUUGAUGCCAGACUACACAAGCUGAAGAAAAUUAAUGAGGAGCCUAAGCCCGUCGUUGGCCGCCUUGCGGAUAAAAUCAGCCUCUUUGAGCCCUCAGCAGGGAGGGGCAGCAAGCAGACCUUCCAAACCCAGAGGAGUGCUGAUGACUCUCCAGUCAGGAAAGCCACAGGGAGGCUGAAAGCAGAUUUUGUGUUUUCAGACCAGAGAUCAAGUUCAGCUGAACGUCACGGAGUGGCCAGGUCCAGCUCUGUGUCGCCCAUCAGGGAGAAGCCGAUGACGAUCAAGGAGCGAGUGAGGAACUUUACAGAGGCCUCUAAAAUAGAGGACAUGGCAAGGCUGCCUCAAACACCAGCCAUGAAAGGAAUGUCUGACAAAGCAACCUUGUCUGCUGCAGUUGCUGCAUCAAAGUCACCAGAACUGGACCAUCAGGGUAGACUGGAUACCAAAGAGCAAAUACAGAUAGCAAAGUCAGAUGUAACAUUGAAACCAGAUGGACAAGAUACCACCGCUGAAAGGGUGAAGAUUUCCAUAUCUAAAGAAGAGCCAACAAGCUCCAAUACAAAUGACACAGUGGCCUCAAAAACUGCAGAUCAGGGUACAAAACCUAACAUUGUUGAAACUAAUGUUUCAUCUAAAGGGCCGGGUGAUUCUGCAGAACUGACCAAUAGCAUUAGCCCACAGUUCAAAGGCCCGAGCAGAACAGGCUCCCGCUCUAAAAGAAGAAAAGGUCGGGAACCAACCAGUCCUAUCAGCCCAAAUAGUGAAAACAAACCAGAUUGCUUUGCAAGUAAGCACGAGUUUACUCCUAUUAAACAACAACAGGUGGGUGAUACAGAAGUGGGGGCUUCUGCCUCCAAACAGGUCUCAUUACCAUCUAAAAAAGCCCAAGGAAAUACAUCAGACAAACAGAUACCUGAAACGGAAACCAAACAGAAGGCAUGUAAGAAGGAAUUGGAGGUGUUGGACAUACAGAAGAAACAGUUAGAUUCUUCAUUUAUAAAGGAGAAUAUGGACAAACCAGUUAGCAGACAGGAGGGGUUGCCUGAACCAUCUGUCAGCAAAGAUGAACCUGAUACUGCUGCCCUUAGCAGCAAAACAAAGACGCCUAUUGAUAAAGAUCCUGGUAUUUUACCCAAAAAGGAGGAAAAGUCAGGGGGACACAGUCCCUUAUUCACACAGAGGAGAGACAAGGCCUCCAAGGACAGCAGAGAAACAUCAGCCUCCUCACCCUCCCCUGCAGUUGAACGACCUACUGUGACGUCUUCGAUGGAGCAAGAGCCCCCUGUUGAACUUCCUAAAUUAGAUAAAGAAUUGUCGAUGCAAUCUGAAUCAAAAAGUAAAGUGAAAGUGAGUGAUGAGAAUAAAAAAGACACUGGGCAACCCCGAAACAAAGACAUAGAACUAACAAAUCAGCCCGAGAGUAAAGAUGUGGAGAAAUUAGAAAAGGUAAAGGGUGAAAAAACAAAUCAGGCAGAGAGGAAAGAUGUGGAGAAAUUAGAAAAGGUAAAGGGUGAAAAAACAAAUCAGGCAGAGAGGAAAAGCAAUGAAAUACCACAGCAGCACCUGCAUUCAGAAAAAAAUACCACAAAGGCCCAGGUUUUAGACAGCAGACAAGGUAUAUCCGGGACAGAGAGUAGAGUAGCAAGGGAUGAUGAAAGUAAAAAUGCUGAAAGAAAAGACGAGACACAGUUGUUCAAAGCCAUAACAAAACCAGCCAAACAAGCGUCUCAGUCCUUGGAAAAGACCGGUGUAACAUCAGAACUUGUUGCUCAGAAACAACAUGUCGGAAAAACGAAGACUACACAUCCCGAAAAGGCUGCUGUUGGUGCCGUCACCCAGACUAAUGAGGCUGCGUGUGUGUCUAAGAGUGAGAAAGGGUCGUCGGAGGAAGAAAAAGCAACUAAUGGGUCUCCUGAGUUGCAAACAAAGUCUGCGGAAAGCCCUGGAAGCGAGACACGGCCAGUAGUGAUUGCAGAAGAACAAAAGCCUCAGUCUGUGGAAAAAAACGAGAAUUUACCAGAUGACUCAUGUGCACAUGGAGCAAAUGAUGCCCAGUUCUCCAGCUCAAAGUCUAUUACUAAAUCAACCACAGCAGCUGAGAAAGUAACUGUAAAAGCCGCUGGUGGUCACACGCUGAUAAGUGCACAGAACGACAAUAUAUCAGAGAAAGAACUAAGUGUUAAAGAGUCUACUCCUAUUUCUGUCUCUAAAUCUACAAGCAGCAAAGGAGCAGGGCAAGAUGAUGGGAAAGAAACUGGCAAAUUAGUGCCCUCGGACGUCAAAGUCUCCGGAGAUGUAAAUAAACUAGCUCCACAGUGUGAGGAAUUAGAAAAAACAAAGAGCACAAGUGACAUCACUCCACUCAAGGGCUCAAAAAUAUUAGCACAGAGCCCCUCUGACAGUGCUGCUUCUAGCUCCACAGUUAAUGUGGGCAAUAAGACAGCUGAGAAAAAAUCCCAUUCACCACUAGAUGAACUUAAACCUGUUGCUAAUGGUGACAUCUUCCCACAUCAACAACUACACACAGUCAAAAAGGAACUGGUCAAUAACAAGCCAAGUCAAACUCUAAACGCACCCACUUCCCCACAGGCUAAUAAGCCAAUCCCAGACUCAACCCAGCGUUCAACCAUGAAGAAACUCCAUUUGCCACGGGUACUAAGCAAAGACGAUUCUGCAACACAACAAGACGCCCCCUCAAGCUGGCUGGAUGUGGACUUUCCUAAACGGAGGCUUAAAGUCCCAGUGCCCAAACUGAGCUCUUCUGGAAGUGAGAGCAAUCUUCUGGACACCUCUGGUGAACUAGAUGAUGAUGAUUUUGUUGAGAAAAUCAAGAAGCUUUGCUCCCCGUUCUCCCUCCCACCACGUAAACACAACCAACUCCGGCAACCUCAGCCGCCAUUUGCCAUGCCUGCCAUCAGGGAGGACCGCUUUGAGAAGACAUUUGACCCCGAGGAGUUUAAGUUUGGCCUGAGGAAAAAAGAUCAAUUCACCGUAGACCCAACCCCAGGUCUUUUGACCAAGCUCCAGAACAAGGAGACCAAAACUGGCCUGAAGCCUGCCAGGGCUAGUUUGGCAGACAGGAGCAUGCUGCUCAGUAGCCUGGACACUCACUCUCGCCUCAGGGACAAGACCCCUGUCAAAGAUGAGAAAGAUGUCAAGGAGGAGAAAGAUGACCAGGUCAAGGUGAAGUCUCGCUUGGAGGGGAGCUGUGUCCUCAGCAGCCUCACCUCCUCCACCUUAAGAGGAAAGAGGAAUGGAGUUCAAACACAGGCAGAGGGCACCAAUUCUGAGGAUGUGGUACCUAGUGAAGCCCCCCAGCUAAGCCCUCCACCUUUAACCCAGCCACCCCCACCAAGCCCAACUGCCGCAGCUCCACUCAAAGACACACUGGCUCUGAGAAAAAGAGAGGAAGCCCAGGCUGUGGUCACUGACUCAGGUCCUCCACUUCCCUCCUUUAACGACAUCAAGCUGCCGGACUAUUUAGAGAAGUACCUCCCCCGGGAGCCAGUGAAACCAGUGCAGAGCACACAAGGACAGCAGCAAUUCCAAACUAAGGUUAUUGAAAAAAUGGCCACUCCAGCCUCCGGAGGUGAAACAGAGCUGGCUGUGCAACCAGGUCCAGUUCUUCCUGAAGCUGUACCUCCAUGUUUUCCUGAGGUUCCUUCAAUCACACACUCUACACUCCCUGAGCUUAAGCAGCCUCCGGCUCAGCCACAGGGAAGACUUAGUAAAAAUAUAAGAACUGCCAAGGGAUUUCACAAGCGCCCUGGAAAGAUGGUGUUGUUUGAGAAAGCUCCUUUCAGUGGCCAAGCGCAUGAGAUUUACAGGGAUGUAGCUGAUGCUACUUCUCUGCAGCUGUCCCCUCUCAUAUCUGUGAAGGUUGUUAGAGGAUGCUGGGUGCUCUACGAGAAGCCUGACUUCCAGGGACGCACCAUCGCCUUGGAGGAGGGAGGUAUUGAAUUGACAAAUGUGUGGGCAGAGCCUGGGCUGGAGACAGAACCACAGAAAAACCUAUCAAUGCUGAUUGGCUCGAUUCGACUUGCUGUCCGGGAUUACAGCCUCCCCCAUAUUGAUCUGUUUACCGAACCGGAAGGCCGCGGCAGAGUAUUGCCUUACCAUGAUGACACAAUAGAGACGGGCUCUUUUGGCGUCCCAGUGAGCACUGCUUCCAUCCAAGUGCACUCUGGGGUGUGGCUGGUGUUCAGUGACCCAGGGUUCCAGGGCAUGAUAGCUGUGCUGGAGAAAGGAGAAUACCCUUUUCCUGAGACCUGGGGCUUCCCAUCACCCUUUGUUGGAUCUCUUAGACCACUUAAAAUGGGUGGUUUCAAAGUGGAGAAUCCCAAUGAAGUCAAGGCUGUGGUGUAUGAGAAGCCUGGCCUUGAGGGCUCUUGUUUGGAAAUCGACAGUGACAUUUUCAACUUCUGUGAAAGUGAAGCCAUUGCUGCAGACGGAGCAAGCUUUGACUUAACAAAACUGAACUCUGUGGGUUCUUUAAAGAUCAUCGGAGGACUCUGGGUGGGCUACAGCGAGCCUGGGUUUGAGGGCCAGCAGCACAUCCUGGAGGAAGGAGAGUACCUGGACUGCAGCGACUGGGGAGGCUCAGAGCAGCUCCUGUCACUGCGACCAAUACUAGCUGAUUUCAUGUCUUCGCACCUCAAAAUGUUCAGCGACAUACAAUUCGGGGAGCUGGGCGUCAACAUUGACCUCAGCGUGCCUGUGAUUAACAUGGAUGACACAGGCUAUGGCAUGAAGACGCAGUCAGUUGAUGUCAUGGGUGGUGUCUGGGUUGUGUUUGAGGAGCCGGGCUUUUGCGGUGAGUGCUACAUCCUGGAGAAAGGCCUGUAUGGAAGUCCGGAGGACUGGGGGGCGCUACAGCCCAGAGUUGGCUCAGCAAUGCCUGUCUUGCUGGAUGAUUUUCAAAACACAGACAAGUUUAAGGUGCAGCUUUUCUCUGAACCAGGUUUUCAAGGCUCUCGCCUCCCUCUGGAGGACAGUGUGGCAUCCCUGCAGGAUGGCUUCUCCGUGGCCUCGUGCAAGGUUCUGGCUGGAAGCUGGCUGGCAUUUGAGGGUCAGGACUUCACUGGAAGGAUGUAUGUGUUAGAAGUGGGGAGCUACCCAGACCUGAGAGCAAUGGGAUGUGUUAAUGCGAGCUGCUCCAUCCUGUCGCUACAGACUGUUGGCUUUGAGUUUUCCCUGCCGUCCAUCACUCUGUUUGAGCGGUGUGGUCUGCGGGGGAAGAGGGUUGUUCUGACAGAUGGAUCAGUCAACCUCCAGCUGGCUGGAGGCUGCACCAGAGUCCAGUCUGUGCUAGUGGAAGGAGGCAUGUGGGUAUUAUAUGAGGGAAUCAACUAUCGGGGUCCUCAGAUUUUGCUGAAACCUGGUGAGGAGCCUGAUUGGCGCAACUUCAGUGGCUGGCAGAAAAUUGGAUCCCUCCGCCCUCUUUUACAGAAGCGAGUGUACUUCCGUUUAAGGAACAGACAAACGGGGCUCAGGAUGUCAGUGACCGGCGAUUUGGAUGAUGUCAAACUGCUGCGGAUCCAAGAAGCAGAAGAGACUGAUGAAUUUGAGCAGAUCUGGUUCUACCAGAAUGGACAUCUCCACUGCAAGCUGCUGGAGGAGUGCUGCCUGAGUCCCAGUGGUAGUGUGACGAUAGCAGGAAGCCGCGUGGGUCUCACUCCAGAACCCGACAACCAAAUCCACAUGUGGAGCAUCACCCCUGAGGGCUUUAUCUCCUACACCCCCACCUCUGAUCUGGUCUUGGACAUCAAAGGGGGCCAUCACUAUGACAAAAAUCAAGUGAUUCUACAAACAAUUGAUCCAAGUAAACCUCAGCAAAGGUGGGAUGUGGAGAUUAUAUGAAAACAUAUGAGUUGCUGGACUGGAUCCUGAAUAUUAAUAUCAGAGGAACAGCUCUAUCAGAGAGACUGUUAUGCAGCUGAAGGACAAGUGCGUAAAGGGCGAGGUACGUCAUUAGAAAUGCUCAACCUCUGCUGCUGCAGGACUA